ACGCAAAGGGAAUAACCGGUAAUUGUUCACUUUCACUACCCUUGAAUCCACCUGCUAUAGCCGGUAACAUCGCCGAUAAACAAAUCAUCCCUAUAAAAGCCAAAGCCCCUUCAUUUUCUUAUAGUUGCUUCUCAGUUUCAACCUCAUCAUCGUCGUACGCACGUUCUGGUCCUUCGCGGAUCGUGUCGCGUUUAGUUUCUACAAAAGAUGGCAGACAAUGAGGACGGAGGGGACAAGACUUCUCGUGGGAAUGAAUGGGAGGUUGUAUCUCUCACGGCAUCGACAUAUGCAGCUGCUCCUGGUCCUGAUGAUGUUGAGAUGAAGGAUGAUGGGAGAGAAGGUUCAUUUGUACAGGAUGAAGCAGAAACGUCACGUGCUUUAUUCAUGUCUGGUCACUUUGUCUUUCCACCCAGUCAGCAUGAAAACUUGCCUAUGGAACCUGAUAACAGUGAGAUUCAUGAUGAUUCUGGAGACAAAGAUGUUACCUCCGAAGAGACUGUUGAAGAACUGACCAGACCAAGUGGAAAAGACGAAGAAAACUUGACACUACCAGGAUUAGAAGUUUCAGAAGAGUUUGAGGGAAUGCGUUAUUUUGAUCAGAAAAUUAAUAGAUUAUCUGUUCGUGGUAAAGAGUUUGAGGAAGGUACAACUCUUCCAGAUUUUGGUUUGAUUGAAAAGGGGGAGAGUAUGUAUGACCCGGAAAAAUACACUUCUUUCCAAGGUGAAACAACAAUUGGUGGUGUAACAGCAUAUGGUGAAAGCAUAGUUGAGCCUGAAAUAACUGAAUCCGAAGGGUCAAAUGUGUCUUCUGAUUUAUCACUGUCAAGGAACUCUUCCAAAGAUAAGGAAUACAACACUUCAGAUCUUCCCUGUGGAGCUUGGUGGAAACGAAGAGCUGCCUCCUUAUAUGCUCAUGCCAAACAGACAAAUGCAUUAUGGUCUGUUUUCAUUGCUGCUACUGUGAUGGGUCUCGUAAUGCUCGGCCAGCGUUGGCAGCAGGAAAGAGCUUUACAACUUAAAUGGCAAAUCAGUAUAAAUGAUGAGGCGAGGAGCAGGGUGCUUGCUCCCAUUAUUCGACUCAAAGACGUGCUUGUUGGUGGCCACCGUCGUGGUUCCUUGAUCAGGGGAAGCUCCUCCAGUGAAAGUUAAAGUACUUGGGGAAAAGGUGGCUAAGUGCACGCGGCUCCUAUCCUUGUGGUAAGUGAAGAUGAUGACGAAAAAUUGUCAGAGAGAGGUUAAGAAUGAAAAGUGCUACGUUUGUGAAAUCCAGGUUUGGUAGAAGGAUCGGUUGACCUUUCCCAAUUAUGAAUGUCAGUGAUCAAACAUUAUAUGCUGUGGAUUUUUUUCAUCUUUAUAUUGACUAUAGCAUUGUAUAGCUAUUGAAGUUAUUGAACUUGGUAAGUUAUGUAUUCUGAUAAUGUGAAAUUGGCAGUUUAAACACGAAAGAUGUAAAUGAAGUGAUUGCUUUAAUGGUGAGUAUUUAGUUUUCCUUU